AUGCGCUGGUCCAUGGUGUCCGACAAGCUAUCUCGGACCUACAGCGCUGUAUCUCCAACAUCCUGGAGGUGCAGGACAGCAACUGGCACAAUACUACAUAUAUUCUGGGACUGCCCGAGUGUAAACAUCUUUUGGACACAACUCUAUGAGCAAAUGUCUCUUAAAGUUCAGGGUGCUACAAAGCAACAUGAGAAACUAUGGCACAGCUGGUUGGAGUACCGCAAUAUUGGCGGAUCCAGUUAUGAU